AUGGGUGGAACGCCUCGAAUUUUACUUUACGAGGCCAACGAAAUCACGGAUUCCGGUAAAUGCCGAGCAUCCCUGUUAAGCUUAUGUGGUGAAGAGGUCUACGACACGUUGAGGUCGCUCCUGGUUCCACGACGUCCUUCUGAGGUGUCCUACGCUGACAUAGUCAAAGUUAUUACUGAGCACUACAACCCGAGACCUUCAGAGCUACUUGCAAGAUGCAUUUUCUACAAGCGGGACCAGUGGCCCACGGAAUCGAUUGCAGAUUACGUGGCAGCGUUGCGGGCGCUGGCCAAAGACUGCAAUUUUGGUACUUCUUCAGCACCAACGCCCGAGUCUGCUGCUUUGGAAGCCGGAGAGCAGACACAUACGACAGCUGCAACAUCAACUUCCGGUACAACGACUUCCACUGCUUUACCACUGGACAUUAUGCUACGCGAUAGAUUCGUUUGCGGCGUGGCUGAUUCCCAUUUACAACAACGACUCUUGGCAGAGAGAGGAGGCAUUACUUUUCAACGGGCACUGCAAAUCGCAUUAACGGCAGAAUCGGCACUGCGUGAGCAGACGCAGCUUCGACGAGAAUGUCUAGACACUAAGGUGCACAAGACGUCAGCGACAACGUCGUCCAAGACAAAGAAAGCAAAUAAUAAGAAGAUAGCUUGUUACAGAUGCGGAGGUGAGCAUCGCAUGCCAGACUGCACUUUUCCGGACUCUAUUGUGUGUAAUUUUUGCCACAAAAAAGGUCAUAUGGAACGAGUUUGUUUCUCGAAGAAGAAACGUACAAAGAAAGGCGGACAGGCCAAGCAAGUAGCGCUACAGGACACUCAUGAUCUGUCAGAAGACGACAAUUCCGAAGCAUUGUAUACAUUGUACAAUAUGCGUGGGAAAUCGAGCACACCUACGUUUGCGGUUACCGUUCACCUGAAUGAUCAACCACUACGCAUGGAAGUGGAUUCGGGCGCUACGUUCUCCAUCAUAAGUGAGAAGACAUUUAAUAAGCUCUGGCCUGCAGGUCAAAGUCAGCCCAUACUUGUGCAGGACGACUUGGACCUCGAACUUGGUCAGGUCACAAACUAA